AUGUCGUUCCGCCAUCCCCGCCGAACUACAAAGGCCACCUCGUCCGCUCUGACUCCCACCUCGUCGAAUGCGUCAGGCCAUCCCACCGUUAAUACCAACAUGUCCCUUCGCAAAGGAGCAACCUUCCACUCACCCACUACCCCCGAGCGUGAACUACCUCAUCACUUCAAGGUCCCCUCACUACCUCGCCGCUCCCAAUCCACACUCGAGGAUGUCGUCGAUGCCCACAAGCGUCGCGUUGCCAUAACUCUCGGAGACAUUGAUCGCAGUCUUGCUUCUGUCGAAGAGCGCUCCCCCACCGCACGGCAAUCCUUCCCCGACGUAGCAGACCCCGUCCCUCAGGGCUUCCUCAACCACACCGUCGGCACGCCGACAACCAAAUCAUACGGCCCAAUCAUGGAUGGUGUCAUGACCCAGGAGCCUGCCGCUAUUGGCAGACGCCUCCGCCCGCGGCACAACCGCCGCCCUUCCAGAUACUCAGACAGCGGUCUGGGAUCCUCAAUCGGUUCGCGGUCUGGUAAGAACGCUGCAGAUGCAGACGCUAGCGAUGACCAAUGCACCAAGAUUGUUGCAGCUUCAGCUAUAACUAGGUCUGCUGCUGCCCAUUCCUCAACAAUCGAGAGCCUACCCAGGCUCAGUGCUCGUGCAAGUAACCGUAUUACCGAACAUAUCUUGAGGCCCCUCCUCGCCAAACAGUCUUUGAAAGACUUCCACCCAAUUGUGAAAGAUUGUCCCAGAAGAAUCCAUGGCAAGGAGAUAGUAUGUCUUCGUGAUCUCGAGAAGACGUUGAUAUUUAUGGCACCUGUAAGUGGUUUCCCGAACGAUGUUGCCGGGGGAGUUGCUCACUGGUUUUCGCGUUUGAAGGAGAGGACCAAGACUGCCGCCUUGUACCUCGAUUUCUGUCUCACGUCAAUCCGGUGUAUCCAAGCGACGGUGGAAUUUUUGAGCGACCACGAACAGACUCGCCCUCACGACCGACCCUAUACUAACGGAUACUUCGUCGAUCUUGUCGACCAGAUCAAGCAGUACGCCCAACAAGUUCAGGCUGCGAAAGAGAAGGAAGAGAAGGGGGAGAAGCUUGGCGAGAUGGAUCCUGAGUCAACCGACGAAGUCAGACUUCACGGCGGACUCAACAAGAACGGUCGCCCUGCUGAGCUCGUCCGAGUCAAGAAGAACGGAAAGGCCAUCUCUAUCGCUACUGGAGAACCAGUUGACCUCGACGAGGACAGCAAAGACUCCAUUCGCUUCAAGCGAUCUCUGAGCGAAGAAGCAGAAGAGGACGAAUCGAUCCUGCGCUCGAUGGCUCGCCGCAAGCGCUCCGCUUCGGCGGCUGAGCUUGCUCCCAAACGCUGCCGUGAACCUGGCUGUGACAAAGAAUUCAAACGCCCUUGUGACCUGACCAAGCACGAGAAGACCCACUCGAGACCAUGGAAGUGCCCAGUCGAAUCGUGCAAAUAUCACGAGUACGGCUGGCCAACGGAGAAGGAGAUGGAUCGCCAUCACAACGACAAGCACUCUGCUGCUCCACCCUUGUAUGAGUGCCACUUCAAGCCGUGCCCAUAUCGAUCCAAGCGUGAAUCGAAUUGCAAGCAGCACAUGGAGAAAGCUCACGGCUGGACCUACGUUCGGUCGAAGAACAACGGCAAGAACAGAGACAAGGCUAGCACCACAAACACAAACAACGGUCUGCCAACUCCUGAUAUGACUGAGGGAAACAUCCGCACCCCGAGCAGUGAUGGAAACAUGGCUACCCCCGAGGACGAUGAUUUCAAUAGUUAUGCUGGAUACAACCAGAUUAACUUCCCCGAGUAUACCUCGGAAAUGGACACAACAUAUCCAGGAAACAUGCAAAUUGAUUAUUCUCCAAUCUCCGAUCUGGCUUCUAACCACUCUCCGUACACUUCCAACACAUUGGCCGGUCAGGAUCACUUCACGAACCAAUUCCAAGACUUCCCCAAUACCGGCGGUGACUUCAACUUGUUCCCUGAUGAAGAUCUCUACAACGCCAAUGUCCAACUUCCUACUCCAUCCCACGACAUGUUCCAGCGAGGGUUUGAGACCUCUGGUGUCGGGUAUGCCUCUGAAGCUGCUCCUCACUUCUCCCCUGUUGGACAUGGCAACACAAUGUUGUACACUCCAACUUCUCUCGAGGAUGAGGGGUUUGAAGAUGUUCUUCCCAGCAACUGCCAGAUGGGCACCGCCGACUUUCAGCUUUUCCCAAGCUCAACAGGCGGAACUGUCGCUAGCUCUGCACCGAGUGCUCUCUUUGGUGAAAUCCCUAGCACAGCCAACAUCAAUUACCCAGGUGUUUCAGCCCAGGAACUGCUCGAUUUCUAUGCUGCGAGCACAGCUGCUGCUACCGCCGGGCAUACUAUGGAUUGGUCUGAGGACCAAUUCACUCACUACGAGCGUCAGUAA